CUGAAAGGCGCGUGACGUCACUGCCGUACCUGAGUUUCGGCAGACGGUGAAACUGUCGAGCAGUGUCAAACACACACGUGAAACUCAGCUGAAAAACGCUUCACGCGGACACACACUUCACCUGUGAUCGGAUUAUCAGACGAGGAUUCAUCGUACAAACGCGUUUUAAACGAUUUUCUGCAGAGAUCCGCGGGUUUAGAGCGUGAGGCCGCAGCUUCGCGGGGUUUUUCCUGGUUUGAGGCGCGUGCGCUUCCUGAAACCUGCAGAACGACCGUCAUGUCUUCUCAUCCCCGGCGUGUUCGACUAAAGCCCUGGCUGGUCGAUCAGGUAAAUAAUGGGACGUUUCCUGGUCUGAUGUGGUUGGACCGUGAUGCCAGACGAUUUCAGAUUCCAUGGAAACACGCCACACGUCAUACGCCUCAACAGGAAGAGGAGAACACCAUCUUUAAAGCCUGGGCUGUAGAGACUGGGAAGUAUCAGGAAGGAGUGGAUGAUCCCGAUCCAGCCAAAUGGAAAGCUCAGCUGCGCUGUGCCCUCAACAAGAGCAGAGAGUUUAAUCUUAUUUAUGAUGGAACCAAAGAAGUACCAAUGAACCCACUGAAGAUCUAUGAUGUGUGUGACAUUCAGACACCCAGUAACCCAGGUUCAGUUCCUACAGAUAUCAGUGAUGGUGAUGAAGACGAUGUGCCGGACACUCCAGAACCCCCACCACCGUAUCCACCUCAAGGUAUGAGUGCUUCACCGCUGGCUCCGGUUUGGAGUCCUCCGGGUUCGGUCUCUCCGAUGCAGCCGGCCAGCUGCCCGCCUCCACCUGCGGUCGUGUGGCCGAAGAAAGAACCACAGGAUGUGGAGAUGCAGCUGCCGCCCAUGGAGGUUCAGACCCCUACACCUCUAGAAGCAAUGUUCGCAACCCCGGAGACGUGGAUCAGCUCUCUGCCAAUGACUGAUCUAGAGGUGCAGUUUUAUUACCGCGGUAAAGAGGUGUGUCCCCCGGUGAUCGUGAGUAACCCCCAGGGCUGUCGGCUGUUUUACGGCGAUCUGGGUCCGAUGGUAAACCAGGAGGAGCUGUUCGGCCCCAUCAGUCUGGAGCAGGUCAGAUUCCCCCCCACCGAACACAUCACAAAUGACAAACAGCGCGUGUUCACGAGCCGCCUGCUGGACGUCAUGGAUCGUGGUCUGAUCCUGGAGGUCAGCGGUCACGACAUCUACGCCGUGAGACUGUGUCAGUGUAAAGUGUAUUGGUCCGGUCCGUGCGCUCCCAAUCCCAACGCUCCGAACCUUAUCGAGCGCCAGCGCAAGGUCAAACUUUUCUGUCUGGAGUCGUUCCUCAGCGGUGUAAUCGCUCACCAGCGAGGCCAGACGUCCUCUGAGCCGCCCAUGUUUGAUAUUCAUUUGUGUUUCGGUGAGGAGUGGCCCGACGGUCGACCCAGAGACCGAAAACUCAUCAUGGUGCAGGUGAUUCCAGUGGUUGCACGUAUGAUCAGUGAGAUGUUCUCGGGCGACUGCACGCGCUCGUUCGACAGCGGCAGCGUUCGUCUGCAGAUCUCUAUUCCAGACAUCAAAGACAACAUCGUCACGCACCUCAAACAGCUCUACCGUCUCCUACAAACACAUCAGGGACAGGAAAACUGGCCGCUGCCGCCCGGCGCCGGGAUUCACCUGACGCAGGCGCUGCAGACGCAGUGACAUCACAGAGGGUUUUAUUGGAAAGUACUUAAAGACAUUAGUGAAUGCCGAUGUGGACGACAGACUGUGAUUUUUGAGUUUUCUCUGUGUGAAGUUGAUGGAGUCAAAGUCUAAUGUGUGUCUGUGUAAGAGAGUUAAUCAUCAACCACACAGAUACUAAACACACACACACGCAUAUAAACCAACAUCUGUGUAUAUUUAAACUCUUAACUCGUGUAUUAUUCUGAACUCUCAUGCUUUUAUCGAACUGAUUAGUUUAGCUUCACCGCUGUACGUCGUGAGCUUUUAAACCAUGUUUCUGAUUAUUACCGUGUUUUUACCGCAUUAAACGUCAUGAUGGUGAUGUAUGUAGCUUUGUGUUUCUUUGCACUUUCGGGGGGUAACGUCGUUGUUUUAUUCAGUAUGGAUUUCAUGUCCCAUCAUAACAUUCACAGAGUUUGUGUAAUUGUGUUUUUUGGAUUUAUUAAAUGAAAUGGAAAACACA